AUUCGUGUAUCCUAAAGUCAUAUAUUCUUUGACCUGUAUCGGGGAAAACUUGGCCGUCAUCAGCCGUCAUUUUAUUAAUUGUGUAUUUUGUUGGCUAUUUUAUGUGAUUGAUCACAAAAAUGGCUAAACUAGUGGAUAUAUACAAUAGCGAAAAAGAUCCUGUUAUUAAAAGAAGACAACUACCGCUAACUAUUUAUGAAAACCUGACUAUGGUAAUGGACUUGAAAACAAUGGGAUUGAUUUGUGAUAAUCCACAAGUUAAGGGACGGGAAUACGAAGAAUUCAUGCGAAAAUAUAGAAUCCUCUCAACAGAAGAACUUAAAGCAGCUCUAAGGGUUGACGCGUCUGACAUAUUUAAUGUACUAAACCAAAGCAUUCCUUGUGUUGGCUGUAGAAGAAGUGUGGAGCGAUUAUUCUAUCAACUUUGUAAAUCAGAACAUCCAACAUUAGAUCCACUGAUCCUCACCCCAGACGGGACAAUGACAAUACGAGAGGACAAAAUAACACAUUCACAGUCACUUGCUACUCUGCUAAAUGGUCAUAGCACUGGGAUUGAAUGUCUAAUCUUAAGUCAACCACGCUGGAAAAAGUCUCAGCGGUGUACAUUACACUCAUUAGAGGCUGGAGGAGCGCGUGGUUGGGGUGUAGCAUCCACAGGAGGACCGAGCAAUGGCGCAUGUGGGGCUUGGAGCUCGUGGGGCAUGGGGAAUUGUAGUUGGGGCUGGGGUGCGUGGGGAUGGGGCGGCCGAGCUGCGUGGCGCGCCGCGUGGGACGCCAUGAGAACCUCCGCACGUGAACAUGUCACUCUCAUACAUUUCAACACACUCCACGAUACUCUGCAUAAUUAUCUCCGGAAGCAUCGGUUUUGUGCUGAUUGUAAGACUAAGGUUUUAAGGGCUUAUCAGUUACUUGUUGAGGAAAAGGAGCCACAUAAGGAGAAAGGGUAUGUGGGGGCACUUUAUGGUGGCAUCAAGAGAUGUCUCCUGGACAAGCACCUUCACUUGCAGGCCAAGACUGACUACAUAGCGUAUCUCAUAGCCCGUGCCGAGCCAGAGUUACUGGGUAAUCAUAGAGAAAGGCAUGCAAAGACAUUGGAAAUUGCACAGGAAGAGGUAUUAAUCUGUCUUGGGAUAUGCAUAUACGAACGUCUCCAACGUAUCUCGUUGCGGCUGAGAGAGGAAGAAGGCACGUGUCAGACGUUAGCGGCGGUCGGCAUUGAAGCUCUCUAUCGCAAAUUCGAAACAGCGGUGGAACUCAAGAGCGGCGUCUCCAAACUGCAGUUACUUUACGACGAAAUAACUCAGGAAGAACUCACUCGACAGCAGAGAAAAGAACAGAAAAAGCUAAAACGACGCAAGAAGAAAGAAAGGCAAGCUGUCGAGAACAAAUGCAAGGAGGCUGAUUCAGAAGAACCAGAAGAGAAAUGUGAAUGUGAGGAAUGUCUACUAGAAGAAAGGGACACUCCAACCGACCUGCUUUCACCUCGUGACUAUAAUCAGUGUUUUGAGACAAGUGGGGAUGGCUGUCAAUCGUGUCAAGACGACUACACUACGACAAAAAUAGGCUCACCCAAGAAAUCUGGCAACAAGAGGAACAAAAAGAAUGAACUCACUUCUAGCGAGCUCUCCCACGACUGCGGUUACGCAUCGGGCGGUGGAGUUACUACCGGAGGUUGCUGUGAAACUUUAUCAGGUUCAUCUUCUCUUAUGAGUUCUCCGGAAGGUUCUGAAGUGGCAUGUUCCGAAGGAUUUUGUAACCACGAGAGAGGCGACUGUACAGAUAUUGCCAAAAGUGAUAAAUCUUUAUGCACUGGUUUUACUCUGUCACUUCAAGAGAUGUUGGACACAUGCUCAUCGGAUGAGGAACACGACACCAGUUACAUACCAAUAGAAGAGGUUCUAGAAUUUAAAUCACGUAGGAACAUAACGGAAAAAAGACAAGAGCUGAGACAGAAUUUACGUCAGAAAUUUGCCCAGCUCUGUGUGAAUCCAACGAACACUCCUCUUAUAACACAGAAACCGGAUAAGCAAUCUGUGUAACUUUGUUACCUGACACAUUCAAACUGCACGUUUUAAAACAUUUGUGUAUACAAUACAAUGAUAUAAAUCUGUAAUUGCUUCCAAACCAGUAGAUAAUAAACUAUAAAUGUGUGUCACAUCCAAAAAUAAUAUCCGAUAAAUAGACAUAUAAAUUGUUCUAAUAUUUCUGUUGUCUGUUUAAUAUACAACUUUGAGCAUGUGUGCAUGCUGUGUUAAUCAUAGGUCGAAAUAAAACAAUUUGAAUAUUUUAUAAUAUUUUUAUAAUUUAUUACAUAAGACACUGUUUAAUUAUAUUUAUUCUGAAAUUAUAAUCAAAGGAAAUCAUGUUAAAUGUUAUUGAUGAUGCUAAUAAUGAAAUUAGCAUAAUCUGAAUGGUUUUGUUAACACCAAACAUUAUUUGAUAAAGACAUUGGUGCUUAUAGAAGAUAUAAUGCUAGGCUCUUUACAGAGGUCGUCACUAGACUGGAAAAUAUAGAGUAGUCUUUAUAUAGAAACAAAGUGCAUGUUUGAAUGAAUCUAUAUAUGAUAUUAAUUGACUGGAUCAACCAGCAUUUAACAAAUGUUUACAAUAUAAAAACUUAGAAUGCUUUUUAUUGAAAUAUAUAGUAGCAUUUUUAA